UCGGAGCACAGCGCCGUCAAACACCCUGAAGCUCAGCUGUCCAGUCCACAGCAUCACUGCCUGUAGAACCGGAGCCAUGCUCGCUGCCUGUCUGGAGUUCCUCGGCCUGGCGCUGUGCGUCACCGGCUCGCUGCUGGUGAUGGUGGCCUGCGGGCUGCCCAUGUGGAAGGUGACCGCCUUCAUCGACUCCAACAUCGUGGUGGCUCAGACCAUCUGGGACGGCCUGUGGAUGUCCUGCGUGGUGCAGAGCACCGGCCAGAUGCAGUGUAAAGUCCACGACUCGGUGCUUGCCCUUUCUCAGGACCUGCAGACGGCCCGCGCCCUCACCAUCAUCUCCGCCGUGUUGGGCGUCGCUGCGCUGACGGUGACGGUGGCCGGGGCGCAGUGCACCAACUGCAUCAAGGACGAGACGGUGAAGGCGCGGGUGGUGCACGCCGGAGGGGUCAUCUACAUCGUGAGCGGACUCUUCGUGCUGGUGCCGCUGUGCUGGAUGGCCAACAACAUCAUCGUGGACUUCCACAACCCGAACCUGCCUCCGUCCAAGAAGAGAGAAAUCGGCGCCGCCAUCUACAUCGGCUGGGCGGCCACCGCGCUGCUGCUGCUGGGCGGCACGCUGCUCUGCUGCUCCUUCUCCCAGGGGGUGCGGGGGUCCUACCCCAUCAAAUAUGCUCCCACCAAGACGAUCACAGCCAACGGGGACUUCGACAAGAAGCAUUAUGUAUAAUGUGGAGAUGCAGUUGGUUCUGGGACAUGAGUCGUGGGGCAGGUAUGAAGUCUCCAGAGGACGCAGUGCCGAGUGGAGCUCUGAGGUGGAGCUCAGAAGACACAAAGCUCUCUGUGGCUGCAACUGUCAAAUCUGUGCGUCUGAACUGAAUGUAUGUUUCAAAUUCGUCAGGCAGCACGAGUUUAUUUAUGCUCCUGAUGGUUUUUACGCAUCACAGGAGCCACUUACACUGCCAAAAUAAACUUUUUAAAAAACA